UGGACCAAUUCACACAAAUCCUCCACGCUCACAGCCACAGGCUCACAGCACAGCCAGCGAGGAUGAGAGUAGUGCAAAGUAGAUUGUUAAUCCCUCCAAAUUUACAAUGUUGCCACUCUUCCCACCCCAUCUCUCUAAACCCUCCAUUUCUUGUUCUUCUUCCACCAAACCAAUACCCAUCUCUCAAAAACCAAACUUUUCCUCCAAUUCCCCACAAACCCACUUCCUCUUUUCCAUUUGGGUCUCUGAUAAGGGCAUCAAUGGCUUCAUCUACCACACCAUCCACAGCCACAGAGACAGAAACCAAACCCUUCUCUGUGCUUUUUGUGUGCUUGGGCAACAUUUGCAGAAGCCCAGCUGCUGAAGGGGUCUUUAGAGACUUGGUCAAGAAAAGGGGUUUUGAUUCUAAGUUUAACAUUGAUUCUGCUGGCACCAUUGAUUACCAUGAGGGAAAUGAAGCUGACCCAAGAAUGAGGGCGGCCUCUAAAAGGCGUGGGAUUGAGAUUACAUCUAUAUCAAGGCCAAUCAGGCUGUCGGAUUUUCGGGAUUUUGAUCUUAUUCUUGCAAUGGACAGGCAAAACAGAGAGGAUAUAUUGGAGGCUUUUAAUAGGUGGAAAUUUAGAGAAACCCUACCUGACGAUGCACAUAAAAAGGUGAAGUUAAUGUGCUCCUAUUGUAAGAAACAUGAUGAAACUGAAGUCCCGGAUCCUUACUAUGGUGGACCACAAGGUUUUGAGAAGGUUUUAGAUUUACUUGAAGAUGCUUGUGAAUCAUUGUUGGAUAGCAUCUUGGCAGAAAACAAACACAUUCUGGAUUCUUAGCCCCUGGUCAAAAGCCAGUUGAUCAUCUCCUGCAAAAAAUUGAGGAACAAACUAUAUUCUUCAGUGUAAUGCUUUUUAUUAGUAAUGUAAAGUAUUUACAUCCAAUUUUUAUUACUAAUGUAAAGUAUUUACAUCCAAUCCAUGGCAGUCUCAUUAUGGAAUUUUUAAUCCAUCAGUUGGCUUAUGGUACUUGAACUAUUUCUGUGGAAUUGGAUUUAUGAUGUCACUUUUAUAAGCUGAAUAAUUGAAAUCCUCAUUG